AACUCUACAAUGUUAACGACCAUAUUGUUUCACGUCAUUUUACAGUUGAAUCACCAUUUCGACAUCUUUUUCAAGAACAGAUUAACGAUCUUAUUCUUGUAUAUAAAACAGCUAGACAUAUAUUAUCAAACAGUCUGAACGAAAUAAAUGUGUAUGAAUAUACACUGAAUGUUUUUAAAAAUCUCAAACAUCUAUGUGUCAUUCAAUGUGGGCAAUAUUUAUCGAUUAAAGAUUUAGCUUUUACAACGUGGUCGUCAUUAAAUCUUACCAAAUUAUGCGUUGAUGUCUGCCGCUUUGACGACUGUUUUGCACUACUCGAUGGUCGUCUCAAACAACUAAAUACAUUUAUUGUUGACAUUUAUCAUACAAAUGAAUUAUCAAGUGUUUACAAUAUGGAUGAUCUACCUAAUAUGAAAUGUUUCUCAUUAACAUGUCAAUGCAUGACUAAUCAAUAUGAUACUCGAGUUUUGCCUCUUCUUCAUCGUAUGAUAAAACUUCAAGAAUUAACUUUAAACGUUACCAAUGAAGAACGAACUACAUUAAUCGAUGGUACUCAAAUUAAUAAUAACAUUCUUGUACAUAUGCCAUGUCUUCGAAAAUUUACUUUUCAUAUUAAUACUAAAGUGAAACUACAUUAUAUAACUCCUUAUCUAUCAAACGAAGAUAUUCAACGAACUUUUACUAACAUAGGAUAUCAACAAGUAUGCUGUAUAUUAAACUACAUAGCUGAUGAUGUCAUGUGUCAUAUAUUUUCAUUACCAUUCGCGUUUAAUUGUCUCGGAUAUAUUGGUAAUGCAUUUCCACCAACAGACUUCAGUUGUGUUAGAGAAUUAACAGUACAUGAUGAAACUCCGUUCGAACAUGAAUUUUUUAUCCGAAUUGCACGCUUUUUUCCUUUGCUUAAAAAGUUACAUGUUUUUAAUUUUGAACCACAGUUACAAAUGAAAGACAAUUUGAUCUCUAACAAUAAUGAAUUGUAUUCAAUUGUUGAAUAUCCACAUCUUAUUUCAUUACGUCUAGAAUAUUCUCAUAUUUAUUAUGUUGAACAAUUUCUCAAUCAGAGUAAAACACAUCUACCGCAGCGAACCACAUUACAUGUCGAAUAUAAUAAAUUAAGAUUCGUAACAAAAAACUUCACAAGAAAUGCAACGCGUCGUAAUUGUGCUCGAUUAAAGCAAAUACAUUUUGACAAAGUAAUAGUGCACACAAAAGAGUUCUAUGAUUAUUUUCCUCUCUUGUAAUCUUGUUUUUUUGUUAUAAUUGUACUAAUAAAAUAAAUAUUAAACGGAUUUCAAUAGUGAUUAGUUUUAUGAUCGGGUAACAGUAAACAAUAACUGUUAGAAAUGUUUAAGAUUUUUUUGAUGAAUUUUUGUCAUCUAUCAUUGAUAAACAGGAUAUGUAUAUAGGUAUUCUUUUCAUUUCAUACUCACACCCUAUGUGCCGGUAUAUGACAGUAGUAAAUGUAAGAAAAGAGAGAGAACGAACGAACAGAUAUAGAUAAAACCAAUUAUGACAUGUUUUAUAUACAUGUCUUAACACCCUCUUCUUUAUUUUCGUCCGCUUUAGCGAGCAGUAGAAGAGGAUAUGCAUAAUCGCCCUUUUCUUCUCCCUCUUAUUUUCUUU